AAGUUCCCAACGCGUCAUUGUUUAAAUUUAUUACGAUAUGUUGUCUUAUUUUAAACGUAAUUGCGAUCUGAUUUAUCGUCAUCGUAAGAAUAGUAGUAGUAAACUAGUAAGAUUAAUUUCACGAUGACGUUUAUUCCUAGUAUUGAUCGAUAGUAUUGGGAGUGUUGUGUUGUUAUUAAAUGUUAACAACGUUCCUUAUUCUUGAAAACAAUACUACAACGAGAGAAAAACGAUUAGGAAAAGGAAAAAAAUCAUUGCAAUAUGAUCAUGUGUGCGGGAUAUUGAUAAGUGAUACGACUAGUAAAUCGCGCGUUUUAUUGUGCUACGAAAGUGUGAGUUAUUAUUUUCUAUUUUUUUAACGAAGAUUAGACAAUUUAUUGGCGAGUGGUUUUAAGCAUUUACGAAUUAUUUGUUUCUUUAUUUUUUUCAUUACCUUCUUUCCUGUCUUUCUUCCUUUUUUUGUUUUUUAUAAUUACUACAAUUCCUCGCGUUGAAAUUGAUUUUUCUGCAUAGAUCAGAAUUUAUACGGAUUCUUUUCUUUCUGUUUUUUUCUGUUUUUUUUUUUGUUUUAUUCUUACCACAUAUUUGCGAAUGGAUCGUUGUUCAAACGCUGAUAAGACUGCAUACGUUUCGUCUCGAUAAGACACGUUCGAGUUUAUAUUCACUAUAGUUGCUUAUUGAAGUUCUAUAUUCGUUUGAGAAUAUAGAAUGGCUAAUAAUCUUUGAAAUUUUCAUUAGUCCUUAUUCUUUUUUUUUUCUUUCUUUUUUAUUUAAUCAUUAUCCAAAUAAAACUUUUACGUUUAAUUUUUUACUAUUACUUUUUAUUUAUCGUCUAUCAAAUAUUCUAACGAUUAGAGAUAAUUAAAAAAUAUAUUCAUUUUAAUUUAUUCCGACAUUGCAAACAAUUGUUUAUGAAAAACUAAUCAAUCGAUCGUUAUAUUAUUAUUAAACAUAAUUAAAAAUAAAUUAUUUUUAUUCGACAACUUCUUCGUCCCGUUCCCAUUUCCCUUCCCCCUUCCAUCGAUUUAUUUUUUCGUCAUUUCUUUGUCAAUUCUUAACCCUUACCACCAUCCCUUUACUCUCCCCCCCCCAUUUCGAUCUUGAAAAAUCAUUCGAUAUUAAUCGAAGGAAAUAAAAAUCGAUCGACAUAAGAAAAAAAAAAAAUAAGAAGACGCAAAAAGAUAGCCAAACUGGCGGAGAACUUGCCACCACGGAAAUGGGAUGCAAGUCCAGUGCACUCAAGUGCAUGGGCCUUAAAAGGAAUCCGGAAUCGCAUAAUCGGGCCAAGUUGGACGCGAAAUCCUCAACGAUCGAUACAGAUGCGCAAGAAUUUCCGAGAGAACAGGACAGCGGCCAUUUUACGUUGGAUUUAAAGGACUUUUUUUGCCCAGAGGACCCUUACGAGGAAUUACAACGCACAGAUAUGUACGAUAUCGUGGCGGAGAAGGAAACGUUAGAAGAAAUUCGUCGUUCCUUGGAAGAGGAUGCGGAUUAUCCAGUGAUAAAGGGACCGCAAGAUAUCAACUCUCAUCUUUUAACUUCGAGUGCACCUGGGCUUAUAAAAAUAUUAUUAGUUUUUAGUAAAGAUGAUCAACAAAUGGAAAUACUUGCUAAUAUUUCGGGUCGUUUGGGUUGGAGCGUGUCGGUGGCUAAAGAUACGGAAAAAGCCGUAGAAAUUUUUCAAACACGUGGUCACGAAUUAGUGAUAAUCGAUCACAGAGGACAACGUGCUGUCGAGGGUGAUGCGAUUUGUAGAGCAAUCAAAUCUAGUCCGGUUUAUCACAGUUCCGUCAUCGUUGCACUCGUUAAAAAAUCAUAUUUAAUGAACAGUGAAAAAGACGAAAUUGUGACCUUGGAUUUAUUAGAGAAAGGAUUUUCAAGAACACUUAUGGAGUGUUCGAACGAGGGUAUAUUGAUAAACGAAUUAGUAGGAAUUUAUACCAGUUCAGUAUUACCGAAAACCCAAUUAGCGUCGGCUCACGCAUUGUAUUUGGCACUUGACAGGUGUCACGAUAUGGUUCACAUAACAAACGAAAGAAACAUCGUACAGUUUGUUAACAAAGUGAGCGAAAAAUUAUUAGGAUAUAAAACGGAAGAAUUGACAGGAAGAAAUCUCGGUGAAAUAGUCCAUUACGAAAACUUUACUUUGAUGGAACAACAAUUAAGCAAGGGCAGAGAAUUUGAAGGGAACAUGAAUUGCAAGAGGAAAAAUAAUCAAAUGAUUACUAUCAAUUGCAGGAUAAUACCAUUUUGUAUUACACCAAAGAAGGCGACUCAUUUUAUAUACAUUUACGAUACGUUAUAUUUAUUGGAAAAUUCAGGACCCCUAAGUCCGAUAAACAAUUCAUCAUCAAUGCAAAGAAUGAGUUUACUUUCCGGUAGGAAAUCAUCCGACGUUAAAUCUGCCUUAAGCGAUGGGCAUAGACGAUCGAGUUUGCAAAAACUUCACAGUUUACAAUUGGAAGCACCAAUUACGAAAGUAAUCACGUUGCUUUCCUAUGCCAUUUCGGAAUCAACGAAUCCUGAAACAGUUGCACAAAUCGAUAAGGCAAUAGAAAUAUUAAAAACAACUGAAUUAUAUGUUCCACAUUUUCGAGAUGAUAAAGUUUACACCGAUCCGGUUGCAACCGAUCUUGUUGGUGCAUUACUUUCGUCUUCUCGUAAUCCUUGGGAUUCGAGAAGAUCAUCAGCUGAUUCUGCCAGAUUAUCAGCAGUCAGAGGUAUAAGCAUAAUAUCUGCAAGGACCCCAUUAAAGGCUUAUAGGGGACCUCAAGAAAUUAUGGAAUUAUUAGAAAACAGUCUCGAAUGGAACUUUGAUAUAUUUAAACUCGAGGUUUUGACGGAAAAACGGCCAUUACUAUAUCUCGGUAGAACCAUAAUGAACAUGUUCGAUGUACCAAGCAGAUUGGGUUGCGAUGAAAAUAUCAUACAAAACUGGUUGAGUAUAAUCGAGGCUAAUUAUAGAUCGGAUAACAGUUACCAUAAUUCAACUCAUGCGGCAGACGUAAUGCAAGCUACUGCAAGAUUUAUGCAGUCGGAAAGAUUGAAACAAAUUUUGGAACCGUUGGAUGAGGUUGCUGCUUUGAUAGCUGCUGCAGCCCAUGACAUCGAUCAUCCUGGUAGAUCAAGCCAAUUUUUAUCCAACUCUAACAACAAAUUGGCAAUACUUUACAAUGAUCUGUCAGUCCUCGAAUCGCAUCAUGCAGCGUUGACAUUUAAAAUAUCAUUAGCAGAUGACAAAGUUAAUAUUUUUAAGAAUUUAGAUCGUGAUACGUACAAGAAAUUAAGAACAGACAUAAUCGAUAUGAUAUUGGCAACAGAAAUGACGAAACAUUUCGAACAUUUGGCAAAAUUUAUGAACGUUUGUAGUUUAAGGGUUGAAGAAGAUCAACCAAUGAAGUAUUCUUCUGAUAGAGUUGACAAUGCAAUACUUUUACAACCGGAUAAUGUAAUACUCGUAAGAAGAAUGAUGAUCAAAUGUGCCGACGUGUCAAAUCCUACCAGACCAUUACGAGCUUGCGUAGAAUGGGCUAGAAGAAUAGCUGAAGAAUAUUUCAGUCAAACUGAUGAGGAGAAACAAUUAAAAAUUCCAAUAGUAAUGCCAAUGUUCGACAGGAUGAUAUGUUCUAUACCAAAAUCACAAAUUGGUUUCAUUGAUUUCAUCAUAAACGACAUGAUCGAAGCUUGGGACGCAUUCAUUGACAUGCCAGAAAUACUUGGUUACACGCAACACAAUUACGACAAAUGGAAAGAAUUUAACGAUCAAGGUGUAACAACGUUGCAGGAUAUCGAAAAGAUUCAAAUGCAAUCGGAAUACAGCAUACCAAGGUUACCUGAUGAACGACGAUGAAACGAUUAACGUUAUUUUAUAAUAAGUUUCUGAAUUUUCCGUCCCCGCUCAAUUUCUUACUGAAAAACGAGAAACGCUAAUGAAAAUGCGUUCAAAAGACUCCGACAAAUGUGUGUGCGUGUAUGCGUGUAUGUGUGUGUUUCUGUGUUUAACAAUUCAGUACGUUUUAUCGCAUAUUUAUAUGUCAUAGAUUUACUUUACAAAGUUUGUAUGUUUAAGCGAAUAUACGUCGUUAUAUAUAUAUAAGAUUAGCCAAAAAGAAAAAAAAAGAAAACGAAAAAAAAAAGAAACAAAUAAUAAUAUAUAUGACAAGAAGCAGUUUAGCUUGAUCGAGACAUAAAAAAUAAUCACAAGAACAAAGAAUUCUUUUUUCGAAACGUUUCGCGUUCGCAUUACAAACGACAACUGAACUUCGACGAGAUGGUAAAAAAAAAAAAAAAUCCAACCCUUUUGAAUU